CUUUUGCAAAUGUUUCCACGUAUUCAGGGCUCGUCGCCGACAUGUCUUUCGGCUGGUCCGCGGGAGAUAUCGUCACAGCCCUUCAACUUCUCAACAAGGUCCGCAUCGCUCUGAAAGAUUCCGGGGGCUCCAAGACAGACUAUCAGGAUGCCAUAGUGUUCCUUGGUACCCUAUUGGAUACACUUACGACACUCAAAGAUGUCCAGGGCACUUCGCCGCAUACAGAGCUUCCGCAAAGCAUCAACGGUCAUGUUGUGCGUCUGGGGAAAGAGAUUGAUGAGUUCUUGCAAGAACUGCAGAAGGACUAUGGGGACUCCCUUGGUUCCUUUCCAACAUCCAGCCCUUUCAAGAUUCAGGCCCAGAAAAUACAAUAUGCAACCUCAAAGAAAGUCCAGGAUCUACGCGCAAAGAUCGGCCCAGAGCUAUCGGCGUUACAGAUCAGAUUGACGGGUCACAUAUUAAACGUUUGUGCCAAAUUGCCAUCCCAUCUCCAACGUCAGAUGGAACAUGCGACAAAAGCCACUUUGGAGUCCUUCAGCCUGAGUCAAAACCAUGAAGCCAUUCUAAACAAGCUCGUGUCUCACGAAAUCAGAUUAGAUGGGAUAUACAAACAGACUUCGAACAUUUUAUCUAUUUCAGAAAACUCACAAAGGCGGAUGCCAUUGGAGAUGUUUCCCUGGCCAGUGGAAAUCCGAACCACCCUGGACGCCGCGGUCGGAAGUCGCGAUGAAUGGGGGGUUUUAUCAUCCAUCGUCCAGAACGGCCAGCAAGCUGCGCUUGGUUUGGGUGGUGUCGUAAAAGACGCAAUGUGCCUGCUUUCGAUGGCCGUCAUGGCAGGAUAUCGCAAGACCAUCCUCCCAUUUUACAGGGCAUUGACCCUCGCUGUUGCUCAAACCAUGACACAAAGUGGAAUCAAACUGAUUGACCCCUUGGGGAGGAAAACGACCCUACCGUACGAUUGUGGGAGGUCCUGGGAGGUUUUCGAGAUAGUCGUGAGCACCUUGUUCAAGGGAUGUCCAGGAGAAAAUCUUGUUCGAAAUGGAAUGUACUGCUUUGCCGACACGAGACACCCUUCCAAUUUCUUCGCUGCGCAUUCUUGGUCGCAACGCAUCAGAGAUGGUGCCACUAUCCAAAUGUUCGCAAUUGUGGUCGCAUGUGUAGACUGCGGCGGUAGGACCUUGCACGACCCAAGCAAGGGGACCGCUCUUUGCCAACAUUGCAAAAAGGGAUACGUCAGCGUUGGCCCUGAUGCUGUCGACUUGUCAAAAUAUACGAAAGCUAGGUCUCAACUAGACUUUCACAAGUUGCAAGCUGAGGACAGCGGCACAGCCAGCACAACUCCAUCACAUCCGCAAUCAAUAAGCCAUGAACUAGCGGAGACACGUCAUUUAAAGCAUGUCGUCAGCAUCAAUGCACAUGGCAAAUUAUCCAAGGAAACAAUUAGAUGGAUUCACAAACAAUGUUUGGGCCUGGUUAAUGCGCUAGCAAAAAUCCACGGGGUCACAGCAAGGAUGCCGUUUGGUUCUCCAUCUGUGGAGGAGCUUGUGAAUGGGGUCGUGUUUGAUGCCCAAAAAGGCGUGUGGAGAGGUUCAUAA